CCGCAAUCUCUGGUCAUCCCUGUACUGUGUCCGCAGUCUCUGAUCAUCCCUGUACUGUCCGCAGUCUCUGGUCAUCCCUGUACUGUGUCCGCAGUCUCUGGUCAUCCCUGUACUGUGUCCGCAGUCUCUGGUCAUCCCUGUACUGUGUCCGCAGUCUCUGGUCAUCCCUGUACUGUGCCCGCAAUCUCUGGUCAUCCCUGUACUGUGUCCGCAGUCUCUGAUCAUCCCUGUACUGUCCGCAGUCUCUGGUCAUCCCUGUACUGUGUCCGCAGUCUCUGGUCAUCCCUGUACUGUGUCCGCAGUCUCUGGUCAUCCCUGUACUGUGUCCGCAGUCUCUGGUCAUCCCUGUACUGUGUCUGCAGUCUCUGGUCAUCCCUGUACUGUCCGCAGUCUCUGGUCAUCCCU